AUGCCAUUUAUUGAAGACGAAUGGUGGUCUGCGGAGAAUGAGGGCAGAAUGGUCGAUCUCUCCAAUUGCCUGCAGUUCCAGGACGCGGUAGUGGCAGCCGGCGGCCAAGCGGCCGCUCAAUUGCAACAAAUGGCGACAUCUCUCGGUGACCUCUCGCAAGCCGAGCUCACAAAUAUCGUCGGAGGACUAACACUCGAGCCCGACUCUGGAGAGGCGGCUGACCCAGACGACAUCCUCAAGCAAUUAGGAGAGACAGCGUUUGAUAACUUCGAAACGUUUUUUACUGACCUCACAAAUGCUACUGCGUCGGUUGUACCACCAAUUGAAAUAAAGCAAGAAGAAAACAAUAACAUAACAUCGCCAGCGUCGAGUAGCCAACUCCAGGGCUACUAUCAACAAAACAGUCAAUUAUCACUGCCAAACAACGGCCAACAACGGUUACAACAACUGUUGAGAUCUGGCACUAGCGCCAUCAACAAUGCCGUUACAAAUACAAUCAAUAAUGGACGAUACAACAUCGCCUCCGCGAAUCCUUUGCUUGCUGAGAAGUUAUCAGCGACAUCUAGCGCUAUAAAGCAAGAACCAAUUAGUUCUGACUACAAUACAUCGAGUAUGAACUACGGGAACGCGUCGCCGAUGCAGAGAAUGCCGAGCGGGAAGCCGCAGGUGCACGAUGCUGGUGGAGGUAAAGUUUACAUCAUGUCGGGAUGCUUUACCCACUAUGCAGUUUUCUCUUAG